AUGUGGAGACAAAGGGGUAGAGUGGUCUGGCUUAAAGAUGGUGAUCACAACACUAAGUUAUUUCAUGGAAAAACUAAUCAAAGGAGAAGAACAAACUUGAUCAAGAGGCUUAAAGGUGGUAAUGGGCUAUGGAGGAAGGGUGACAAGAAAUGCGAGACGAUUUUAAUUUACUACUUUUCAGGUCCUUUUUCAAAUGCAUCCCAUAAAAUUCGUAGGCCUAAACAGGCUUCAAACUCUCUUUUUUCUAAAAGUUCUGGCACAUUAUGGGUCAUGAUGUUUAUUGACAGGUGCUUGCCAUUCUCAGUAACUAGAAAUACCCUAACAACCAUAACAAAAUCCUUCAUAGCCUUGAUCCCUAAGCAUAAGAACCUUGGAUACCCUGGAGGAUUUCAGAUCCAUUAA